UCUAAAUUUCAAAAUAUUACAUUACCAUAAGUGAUCGUCAUGAUUUGACAUAACAAUCAAAAUGGGGAAUACAAUUUCAUUAGUAAAAAAUAAAUCAAUACCAAGAUACAUUAAGAAGAGGAAAUUUUACUACAAUGACAAUGUGCUUAUUGACAUUGGCAUGCACAUGCCAGUGUACAUGCCACUGGUUGAGAUGGACCAACCUUCUGUUGAGAAAGACAAUGAAGACGUGUGGGUUCCAAGAGAUGACAAUGCGGGUGAUAUAUAUUUGGAACCCGAAAGUUCUACACGGCCAUGUACAAUUGUUAAAAAGGAAACAGUGUUGGAUGGUUCCGGAUGGGACACAAUUUUAGAUGAAACUGCAGAUAGUGAAUACGACAUAAUUGGAGAUGUACCAUAUGGUUCGUUGGAAGAAGUGUUGGCAUUAGAACGGUUUCACAUGAAACUUACAGUUUUCAGAAAAGUAAUAGUUGUGACCAUUGAUAUUUACAAAAUACUACCCCAUUUGUCAUUUGUGGAAUAUCCGUCAGUAUUUAGACAAAUCGCAACGCGGAACCACAGAUCUGCUAUAGAGUUGUUAAUAGAACAACUUCUAGAGAUAAAAUGUUUAAAUCAUGGCAACAUAUUCAAAACGGGACUCCAAAGAUGUGGAUAUCAACACUUGGCUAUGAUUUUGGAUGUUAAAGAUAAGUUUGACAGCCGUUAUACAAAAAAGUACAUUGCAAUAAUGGCUGAUACAAUUAAGCCACUGAUUGUACCAUCAAAAGUUACACGUUAUUUGUGGAGCACUGGAGUAAUAAGUGAGGAAGAGGUACAGCUGAUAAACAAUGCCGAAAUGAUGCAAGGAAUUGAAAAGGCUGUGGAUACUCUGCUGGAUAAAAUGCAACAGAGGCAUGUGUAUUGGUAUAGUCAUUUUGUAGAAGCGCUGAGGCAUGCAGAAAUGUCUGAAGCCGUGGAACUCCUAGACAUUCCUGAGCUACACACCGGUGAAAUGACCAGGAUUUUCUACGUACCUGAAGGACAUAAACUGCCUCUUGGCUUUGAAGGCGAAUCUGACGACACGGCCAACUACACUAACGAAAGCGCUGACAGUGACUUUGUUCAUGUUUAUGGAUGCGACACACCAAUUACAGAAAUGGAUGAUAACUCAUCAAUUGGUUUUGUUAAAAUAGACGGGAUGAGAAACAAUUCACUAUUUGUGGCUGAGGCUCAAGUUUCACCCGGCAAGAGAUGUAAUAAGCCGCCGUUGCCAAAGGUUCCAGCAGAAGUGUUCAUAGAACCUCCCCCUCUUCCUCCCAGGAUCCCGCUGAAGGGAAAGCAGCCGUACCCUCUUCCGCGCGUAUCGUUCGGAAAAUAUGAUCUUGUUCCUUCAAAUAGCGACAGUUAUUGUCAGCUAAACCAUACACUAACGGAAAAGAAAAAAGAUCAAAUAGAUGACGUGCAUUACGAAGACGAGGAAAACCCUGAUAAAGGCACAACGUCGGACAACACUGUCGAGAAUAUCCAUAAGGUUAGAAGUCUCGAUGUUUCAAAUGUUGAAAUGGCGACGGCAAAGCAGAUUCAGAAACACCAUACAAGCCUGGAUGCGUUAGACAUAACGUCCAUUCAUACAAUGGACAAAGAGAUGCUUGUAAAACGUAUUGAACUGUUAAUAUACGAACAAACUGAUGAUAUUGGGAAAACGGAAUUGCUUAAUACAAUGGCAGUGGAGAUUACCAAUUUAAGCUCUUGCAAGGUUGAUAAAAUAGAAGCCUUAAAAAAUGUCCUAAGAGCAGAUAAAAUAUUGAAAAUACAACAAGCCGAACUCACAAGAAUAGUUACACAUCAUGACAAUUCUGCCAUCAAUGAUGAGUAUCCAUGCGAAGGCGUGUAUUCUGCCAGACAGCUUGAAACAGAGAGAAACGAUGCUGCAAACAUCAUGGGCACUCUUUUCAUGGCUGCCAUCCUGCACAACACCCAAAGAAACGAAAUGCCGACGCGGUCUUUUAGACCAUUACAGAGGAACAGUUUUAGGAACCGAUCAUUUUGUCCACUGUCAAAGGCAAGGCGAUCAUCCUUCAAAGAUUCGGCCGUUUACAGCUGCUCAAAUAUUUACACUAUUUACGAGGAGCCUGUGCUGGAUUAA